CCAAUGACCCCAUCCACUCAGAGAACUGUCUAGUUGCUGCACGGACUCUGCUUGAUGUCAGUUUCCUAAUACUGAUGGCUUCAAAUAUCAAGACCCAGUCCAAGAGUGUGCAGAGUCUGUUAGAGUAAUAGGAUUAUCCCUUUCAUCACUUCCAUUCUGGACUGAGGGAUCUUUGGGCAGUAAGACUCAACACACAGGCUUCUGAAUGAAUGAGUGGGUGGGCCAUGACGUCAAUGUGGUGGGACCUUUACAGAUCCCACCCAGUGAUGUGUUCCCCCUAUCAGAGAGUUCACACUUUUUUGAUAUUCUGGCAGAGCAUACCAGUCCUUUGCUACAGGACCAGGAAGUCAUGCCCUUCACCAGCUAUCCCAGCAUGCAGUACACCUCAGUGGAGCCCUCCAUGUCAUCACCAUCAUUCUACUCCAGUCAGCAUUGCUACCCACAGUACAGUGGGGAGGAGUGGUACUCUCCCUCCGCCGUGUUUGAGAUGAGGAAAGGACCGUUGGAGGGGGGCUUUGAUAAUGAGCUGGAUGAGUCUUGCCCUGUUGUCCCAACUGUGUGUAAAAGGUCCAGACACGCAGCCCACCCUGGAAGGAGCAAAGGCGAGGAACUGUGUGUGGUCUGUGGAGAUAAAGCAUCAGGGUAUCACUACAAUGCGCUCACAUGUGAAGGAUGUAAAGGUUUCUUCAGAAGAAGCAUCACAAAGAAUGCUGUAUAUAAAUGCAAGAGUGGAGGAAACUGUGAGAUGGACAUGUACAUGCGCAGGAAAUGCCAAGAGUGUCGACUCAGGAAAUGCAAAGAGAUGGGCAUGCUGGCAGAGUGCUUGUUAACUGAAAUUCAGUGCAAAUCCAAAAGGCUGAGGAAAAACACCAAGGCCUCAUCUGACGAAAGUACAGGGGAUGAUGUUGGUGACAGUCGAGAUGCUAAACAAGUUGUAUCUACCACUAAACCCUCCAAGGAGAAUAUAGAACUGAGCCAAGACCAGCAGGCUUUAAUAAGUUAUGUAGUUGACGCUCACAACAAACAUCGCAUCCCUCAGGAUAUGGCGAGAAAACUGCUACAAGAACAAUUUAACGCAGAAGAAAACUUCCUUCUACUGACUGAAAUGGCUACUAGUCAUGUUCAGGUGCUGGUUGAGUUCACAAAAAAUAUACCAGGUUUUCAAUCUCUGGAUCAUGAAGAUCAGAUCGCUUUAUUAAAAGGUUCUGCCGUAGAGGCAAUGUUUCUGCGUUCAGCCCAGGUCUUCUCCAAGAAGCUGCCCAACGGACACACAGAGGUACUAGAAGACAGGAUCAGACAGAGUGGGAUAUCUGAAGAGUUUAUCACACCCAUGUUUAACUUCUAUAAAAGCAUUGGGGAGCUACAGAUGAUGCAAGAGGAACAUGCUCUCCUCACUGCUAUCACAAUCCUCUCACCAGACAGACCAUAUGUAAAGGACCAGGAGGCAGUAGAGCGUCUGCAGGAGCCAAUGUUGGAGGUGCUGAGGAAGGUCUGUAAACUACAGCACCCCCACGAACCCCAGCACUUUGCACGGCUUCUCGGUCGUCUGACUGAGCUUCGCACCCUCAACCACCACCACGCUGAAGUGCUGGAGUCGUGGCGCAUGAGCGACCACAAGUUCACCCCACUCCUCUGUGAGAUCUGGGACGUUCAGUGACUUUGUGGAAGAGAAAAUUUACACAAAAUGGGGAAGUGAAGGAGAAAUGCCAGAGACUUUUACUAAGCUGCCAAAGAGAGGAGUUCACACACUUUUCAGAGAAGAGGACUGUUAAAGUAUGUAAUGUAAACAUAAUAUAUUGUCAAACUUCAUGUAAGAUUUUAAAGACAUUAUCAGCUCUUCAAGAAAAGACUGAUGUACACAUUUUUAUAUUGUAAUACCUUUGAAAAUGUUUUCCUGGCCUUUGCUACUUGGCAACUUUGUUUUAAAUCUGCUUUCUUUCAUCUGGAAAUUUUGUGGCUUUUUACAUUUUAUGUCUGUUUGUGUUUUGUCUGAAAAUAUUUUAAGAUUCUCAAAAUCUGUAGCCUACUGCCUGACCUGUGGUCACUCUUGUUUUGUGCCCAAAUAUAUGUGUUUAUCAGUAAA